AACUACAUUCAUUUUAUAAGUUAACGUUGAACCGAUAAAACGUUUCAGUUACGGAUCAUAUUAUUAACUAACAAGACGUUCGUUCGAAUAGAAAAGAAAAAUAGAACGGAAUCUAAAAGAAGUGAAAUAUCAAGAAAAAAAAGAACAAAACUUGAGAAAAAUAUAAAUAAAAGAAUUUCUGGAGAAAUUAAAAGAAAUAAAUUAUAAUUUAUAAAUUAAUUUAUAAACAAUAAAUAAAAACAUAAACAAAAAAACUGUUAUAAAAAGUGUGUUGUGUAAAGGAUUAGACUAGAAAACCACUUCCGUUUUAAUAUAAACAAUUGAAGUGUUUUUAAAAAAGUGUGAUUUUUUAUAAAAUAAAAAAUACGAAAAAUCCUCUAAUAUUUCAAAGACAAUUCAGCAAUUUAAAAAAAGAAAGAGGCGAUAUAAAGAACUGUUAAAAACAUUCUUAAUUUAAACAGAAAAUAACAUUUUAACUUUGUGAUCUUUGGCAAUAAACGGGCUUAAAAAUACUUUCCAAAAUGAAGUUAAAAAUGUUACGGUGUCUGAGGCACUCGAAAACUCAUCCAGAUGAUUUGAAAGCCUCUUCCAAAGAAGUGGAACGUAAAUGCAGUGAUAUGCAGAAAAAUUUUCGUGAAGCGGUAAAAAUUUUACUAUUGGGCACAGCAGAAUCUGGCAAAACUACUAUUAUUAAACAAAUGCGCAUUUUACACAUCAAUGGCUUUUCCGAUGAUGAACGUCGUGAUAAGAUACCCGAAAUCUAUCAAAAUAUCCAUGAAUCUAUAUACCAACUAGUCCAAUAUAUGUCAAUAUUGGGUCUAGAAUAUCAAAGUUGUGCUAGUAAACACAGUGCAGCCUAUAUCUUAACAAUGGGCGAAACGGCGCCUGAAUAUAUGAAUGAGGAAUAUUGUGAUCAUGUUAUGACAUUAUGGAAUGAUGUUGGCAUACGUACAUGUUUUGAACGCUCGAAUGAAUUUCCUUUAUCCGAUAGUACCAAAUAUUUUUUGGAUAACUUUGAUCGCAUCUCAGACUUUCAUUAUAUCCCUUCGACGGAGGAUAUUUUACACAGUCGUAAAAUCACUACGGGCAUCCAUAAUAUAUCAUUUCGCGUAGAGAUUCCCAAACACAUGGGUGGCGGUGAGCAAAUCUUUCAUAUGUACGAUGUUGGCGGUCAACGUGAUCAACGCAAUAAAUGGAUACAAGUAUUUGAGGGUAUUCAAGCUGUUCUCUUUCUAAUCUCCUGCAGUGAUUUUGAUCAAACACUGAGAGAAGAUCCCACACAAAAUCGUUUGCAAGAGGCUUUAAAUCUCUUUAGAGGUGUUUGGCAAAAUCGUUUUUUGGCCUCGGCCGGUCUUAUAGUGUUUCUGAAUAAACAAGAUAUCAUGGAACGUAAAAUAAGAGCCGGUAAACAUAUUGUCGAUUAUUUCCCUGAAUUUGAACAAUUUCGCAACAGUCCUCAGGCUGAGAGUUAUUUUGAUGAAUGUGAUUGGACGAAAAAGUUUAUAAAACAAAAACUUGUCGAUAUAACCCAAGAACCGGUGAAGCGUCCCUCCCGCAAUCACAUGCAUAACUCGAAACGUGAGUGUUAUUAUCAUUUUACCGUGGCCACCGAUACCAGUUGUAUACGUAAGGUAUUCAAUGAUGUCCACCAAAUGAUAUUACACGAAAAUAUGGCCUCCAUGGAUCUUUAUUGAUCAAUGAAAAAGAAUAUUAAUAUGUAUUAUAGACCUGAAAAUGAUUUUUACUAAUUUUAAUUUGUAAAUUUAAUACAAAAUAUUAUGGACUGUGAUUUUUUUACCAUUAAGUUAUAGUUUUAAGUCGAAAAAAAGAACUUAAUGUAAGAAAACAUUUUAAAAAAUAAGUAA